UUCAUCGACCAGCAGCUACUACUACAAACCUCCUCAGCACAGCACCGCGACUCCACACUCUACACUGCAGUGUCUCUACUGUAUUCAUGUGCGUGUACCGGUGUGUGUGUGUGUGUGUGUGGUGUGUGUGUGUGUGCGGGGAGGCAGCCUACAGAACAUUUCCAGCUCUUUUCUGUUACUUCAUUACUCCUUUAAAGCUGUAAUGUGACUGCUUGUGGCGUUUGUCUCCCCCUUUUUUUUAAAAAAACAAAAAACAAAAAAACAAAACAAAAACAACAAAACCCCACCAAAAACUCUGCGUCUCCAUUUGCAGCUCCUUCUCGCUAAGUUGAUUCCAAACCGCCGAGAGCUUCUCUUCUCCCUCCACAAGCUCAAUGUGUCUCCUGCAGGACAAUUCACACCUCUCCGGGCUUCUGCUCUUCUCAGCGUUUUGCUGCCAAAUUCCUGCGCCGGUUUUCUAGUUCAACUUUGCAGCGAACUCAAUUUCCCUUGCGGUUUUUUUUUUUUAUACAUAUCUGUAUCUCUAUCUAUUUUUUUGUUUACUUUUUGUGUGUGUGUGUGUUUCUUGUGGAAGUGAUGGCGGAGCAGCGAGCGCGUCUGUUCCUCGUUAUUUCAGCAGCUCUCACCUCUCUGUACUCCGGUGUUUCUCUUGCACAGAAAGUGAGGACGUUCACUCUGCUGCGGUUCUCCGUGGAGCCGGUGGAUGUGUUCGCUGUACGGGGUUUACCCGCCGUGUUGAACUGCUCGGUGGUGAGCGAGUAUCCGGUGAGGGUAGAGUGGAAGAAGGACGGCACGUUCCUGAACCUGGCGGCAGAUGAGCGCAGACGCCUCCUCCACGACGGCUCUCUGUUCAUCAGCACCGUGGAGCACUCUGUUCACAACAAGCCAGACGAGGGCGUGUACCAGUGUGUGGCCUCCAUCGACAACCUGGGCACCGUCAUCAGCCGCGCCGCCCGAGUCACCGUGGCAGGUUUGCCGCAUUUCUCCAGCCAACCAGAGAGUGUGUCUGUACAUCCUAGGGGUAACGAGCUGCUAAUUUGUGAGGUGAGUCCGGAUCUUUCUCCCUUCACGCACUGGCAGAGGAACGGUCAGGCUGUAGAGACGGACACGCGGCUGAUAAAGCUACCCCAUGCGGCUCUGGUGAUCAGCAACGCUUCACAGGCCGAUGCCGGUGUGUAUCGGUGCAUCAUAGAGGGACUAGGGCCAGCCAAGAUGAGCCAAGAUGCUCAGCUAGAGCUUUUACCAGAUUCUGCUGUUGAUGAGAGAAUGGAAAUCCUAAUGGGCCCGUCUGCUGUGUCCAAGCCGGUAGGAGAGACGGUGCUACUGCCAUGUGUGGUGAAGGGCUUCCCACUCCCUGUCAUUCGCUGGAAGCGGAACAGCAAGGUCAUUGAUGAGAGUGAUGAAAGGUUUGCUGUGAUUGGUGGAGGCAGCCUGCAGAUUGUGAAUGUGACUGAGGACGAUGGUGGUACUUACAGCUGCCAGGCAGACAACGGCAAUGAGACCAUCGAGACCCAAGCAGAGCUUAAUGUGCAAGUUCCCCCUCGCUUCCUAAAGAAACCCUCGAACAUGUACGCUCACGAGGCCAUGGAUAUUAUCUUUGAGUGCGAUGUCAUGGGCUCCCCAGCUCCGACGGUGAAGUGGGUGAAGAACGGAGAUGCUGUCAUCCCCAGUGACUACUUUAAAAUAGUGAAUCAGCAUGAUUUGCAGGUGCUGGGAUUGGUGAAGUCUGAUGAAGGUUUUUAUCAGUGUGUGGCUGAGAACGAGGUUGGCAAUACCCAGGCCAGCGCCCAGCUCAUUAUCCUGGACCUGGACGUUGCCCUCCCCACAUCUCCCGUCCCCUCACUGACCAGUGCCACUACUGACCAUGUAGACUCCGGGGAGCGUUCAGGCUCCAUCCCGUCACCCCCGCGCGACCUCGUGGCUUCACUCGUCUCCACCCGCUUCAUCAAACUCACCUGGAGGCUUCCGGCCGAGCCGCACGGAGACAACCUCACCUACUCCGUCUUCUACAGCCUCAAUGGUUCCAGCAGGGAGCGUGUUGAGAACACCACAGCUCCAGGAGAACUGCAGGUCACCAUCGACAACCUCGUCCCUGACACUAAGUACACAUUCAGGGUGGUGGCGUCCAACAGAAACGGCCUGGGUGAAAGCUCUGCUCCUCUUACAGUGGCCACCCAGCCUGAAGUGCAGGUACCAGGACCUGCUCCCAACCUGCAGGCUGUGUCCAUUACAUCCAGUACAGUCACGUUGACCUGGGAGAGACCACUCAUGGGGAACGGAGAAAUCCAGACCUACAAACUUUACUACAGUGAGAAAGGAAAGGACGUGGAACAGGACAUAGAUGUUGUAGGUUUGUCUUACACAAUGACAGGACUGAAGAAGUUCACAGAAUACAGUUUCAGAGUCGUGGCUUACAACAAGCACGGACCUGGAGUGUCUACUGACGACCUGAGCGUCCAGACCCUUUCUGAUGUACCAGGAGCUGCACCUCAGAAUAUCUCUCUCGAAGUCCAGAACUCGAGGAGCAUUAUGGUACGAUGGCAGCCUCCUCCUCCUGGCACCCAGAAUGGGGAGCUGACGGGUUAUAAGAUCCGCUACAGGAAAGCUGGGAGGAAAGGAGAUGCAGCUGAGAUUAUAACUAAUCAACUCUUUCAGCUUAUUGAGGGUUUGGAAAGAGGUACCGAGUAUUCAUUCCGGCUUUCGGCCAUCACGGUGAACGGUAGCGGCCCGGCAACCGAGUGGAUCCCCACCGAGACCUUCGAGAACGACUUGGAUGAGUCUCAGGUACCUGGAGUGCCCAGUUCACUGCAUGUGCGUCCGCUGGUGAAUAGCAUCGUGGUGAGUUGGACACCUCCAGAAGACCAGGACAUCGUAGUGAGAGGCUACAGCAUCGGCUAUGGUAUAGGCAGUCCUCACUCACAGACCAUUAAAGUGGACUACAAACAACGCUACUACAGCAUUGAAAACCUGGACCCAAGCUCACACUAUGUGAUUACGCUGAAGGCCUUCAACAACAUGGGUGAGGGAAUACCUGUGUACGAGAGCGCCAUCACCAGGCCUCAAUCAGGUCCCAUAGAGCCAGAUAUUGAUUUAUUUAAAAUGUAUCAUCAUACCCCUCACACCCCAGCGCCCGAGCCUUCCCCCAUGCUUCCCCCAGUGGGCGUGCAGGCCUCCGUCAUCAGCCACGAUGCCAUCAAAGUCUCCUGGGCUGAUAACUCGCUGUCCAAGAACCAGAAGAUCACCGACUCCAGAUAUUACACAGUUCGCUGGAAGACCAACAUACCAGCCAAUACCAAAUUUAAGGUUGCAAACACCACCACUCUAACAUACACAGUCACGACCCUGAAGCCCAACACACUGUACGAGUUCUCAGUCAUGGUGACCAAGGGUCGGCGCAGCAGCACGUGGAGUAUGACUGCUCAUGGCACCACCUUGGAGACCCUUCCCACAUCCGCCCCUAAAGAUGUCACAGUGGUGAGUAAAGAGGGUCGUCCGCGCACCGUCAACAUCAACUGGCAGCCACCAUCAGAGGCCAAUGGCAAAAUCACAGGCUACAUAAUUUACUACAGUACGGAUAUGAAUGCGGAGGUACAUGACUGGGUUGUGGAGCCAGUGAUGGGGAACAGACUGACCCACCAGAUCCAGGAGCUCACGCUAGACACCACGUAUUACUUUAAGAUCCAGGCACGCAACUCGAAAGGCAUGGGGCCUCUCUCUGAUACAGUGCACUUCCGCACACCCAAAGCUGAGCCAUCCGACAAAAUGUCAAGUGACCAAGGCUUUCAGGGGAAGCCAGGUGGACGUUCUCCACUGCCGGACCACGGAUUUGGAUCCUCUUUAGAUAAGCCAGGAAUCACAGGCAGUCAGGAGAAUCAUAUCCUGGUGAUCAUCAUCAUCGUUUCUGUGGGAGCGUUCACCAUCAUCACCGUGGUAGUGGGUGCAGUCCUGUGUACACGCCACUCCAACUCCCAUCAGAAAAAGAAGCGAGCUGCCAGUAAGUCCAGUAAUGCCUCUCACAAGUAUAAAAGCACCUCUAAAGACCUGAAACCUCCGGACUUGUGGAUCCAUCACGAGCGGCUGGAGAUGAAAUCUAUCGACAAAUCACCUGAGCCCAACGUGGUGAUGACGGAGACACCCAUCCCCCGCAGCACACACGAGGCGUCCAGUGGCGAGGCUGCACACCAAAGACCAAACACGUACCGAGGUCAUGAGGUCGAGGAAAGCGUGUCUACACUAGCAGGAAGAAGGGGAAUGAGACCCAAAAUAAUGAUGCCCUUCGACUCACAGCCUCCACAACCUGUCAUUAGCGCACAUCCCAUCCACUCUCUUGACCACCUUCAUCAUCACCACCAUCAUCACUAUCACCCUCCACCGCGUGGUUACCUCCAUCACCAGAUCAGCCUGAGAGCUCCUGCUACGCCCUCUUCCUCUGGCCCUUAUUUAGACAGACCUUCUUCUUCAGAAUCUGUAAGGAGUCAGCCGCCUGCCCCCGAGCUGCCAGUCGCCCCCAGCACAGCUGACCUGCAACACACAGAGGUGCUGAUUAAAGAGGACGAGCCGCACUGCUAUAAACCUCCCACAGCCCACGUCCACCCCACACACCCCAUGAAGAGCUUCACCGUGCCCACUGUCACUGUGUCAACUCACAGCACACCCAGCUCUGCCCUGCCCUGCACCGUGCUCAUGCCCCCACCAGUUCCCGGUGCGAAGACGGCAUGUAUCGGCACCCUGAGCAGAGCUCGUGCCCCUGUGGCCGUCACUGUUCCCAGUGCUCCUGACCAAUCAGAAACCAGCAAGAUGCUGCCACAGAAAGAGACAGAUGAGCUGUCAGAGGAGAUGGCACAUCUGGAGGGCUUGAUGAAAGACCUGAACGCCAUCACGACGGCCUGAACUCGUUAACCCCCAUCCACAGCGGCCGACCGUAAACUCUGAGAAAAGCCUCGAGGGUUUUUUUUUUUUUUUUUUUUUUUAUUAAAGGAACCAGCCAGACGUUAUUUUCAAAGCAACCGGCAAGAGGACGUGCUUCGGAUAUUUUGGUUCUGCAUUUCUCUGGAUGAGCAGCUGAGGUGAGGUGAACAGUCGCAGAGGUUUCACCAAUCGAAAGCGAGUACUCUGAGUAAACCGGACGUUUUUAAUGUUGUAGUUUCACGACUCCAUGUCGGUAUUUUGGUGUUUUGUUUCUGUGUAUACAGUAUGCAUAUAUUAUUUUUGUUCUUUACAUUUUACGUGCUCAUUUGUAAAUCUGUACACGCCAUUUGAAAGGUGUGGAUUUUUAUGGACUCCAUUUCAAGUCGCCACGCCGUUUACAUUUCCCCCUACACGUGAAAGGUAGCGAGUGUUUGUUCAUACGAGCAUGGACGUUGCCUUCGGUUUAAAAUGGCUGUAUUGUUUAAAACUCUACACUGAAGAAUAAAUAUGUUCCUUGAAUUAGAGAGAGAGAGAGAGA